AGGAAUGCAGCCGGUGCAAGUUUAGGUGGGGCUUGUUCGCCUCUUGAAAGGGAUUCGAACGCAGCUCUGCCCAGCUGCCUGUUCUCUUCCCGGCUCCCGAGCAGGAUGGCGGAGAGCUCCAAGAUCCAGCUCUUUGUCAAGGCGAGCGAGGACGGCGAGAGCAUCGGUUCCUGCCCCUCGUGCCAACGGCUCUUCAUGGUCCUUCUCCUCAAAGGGGUGCCUUUCACGCUGACCACCGUGGAUACCAAGAGGUCCCCAGAUGUGCUGAAGGAUUUCGCACCCGGGGCCCAGCUCCCGGUGCUGCUGUACGAUGGGCAACCCAAGACGGACACCCUCCAGAUCGAGGAGUUUCUGGAAGAGACCCUUGGGCCCCCCAACUUCCCGAGCCUAGAAGUCCGGAAUCGGGAGUCGGCGGCGGCAGGGGACGACGUCUUCCGUCGCUUCUCGGCCUACAUCAAGAACCCGGAGGCUGGGCGGGACGAAGCCCUGCGGGAGAGCCUCUUCCGAGCUCUCUGGAAGCUGGAUCGCUACCUGAACACCCCCUUGGAGGUGGGCCGGGGCCCCCGGGGCCGCUUCCUGGACGGCGAGCACAUGACCCUGGCCGACUGCCGGCUCCUGCCCAAGCUCAACACCGUCGACGUGGUGUGCCGCCAUUACCGCCGGGCGGGGGUCCCUGCCGAAAUGCGGGGCGUCCGGCGCUACCUGGAGGCGGCCAGAGAGGCCAAAGAGUUCUGGUAUGCCUGCCCGGAUGAGGAUGAGGUCAUCCGGGCCUACCGGGAAGUCGUCCGGCCAAUGUAG